GCUGAAGGUGAGGUGGCAGCGCUCAACAGGCGCAUCCAGCUGGUGGAAGAGGAGCUGGACCGUGCCCAGGAACGGCUGGCCACCGCCUUGCAGAAACUGGAGGAGGCCGAGAAAGCAGCAGAUGAAAGCGAGAGAGGAAUGAAGGUCAUUGAGAACAGAGCAAUGAAAGAUGAAGAGAAAAUGGAAAUUCAGGAAAUGCAACUGAAGGAGGCUAAGCACAUCGCUGAAGAAGCUGACCGCAAGUAUGAAGAGGUGGCCCGUAAACUGGUUAUUCUGGAGGGGGAACUGGAAAGAGCGGAGGAGCGUGCGGAGGUGUCCGAAGUUAAAUGCAGUGACCUUGAAGAGGAGUUAAAGAACGUCACCAACAACCUGAAGUCUCUGGAAGCUCAAUCUGAAAAGUACUCGGAAAAAGAAGAUAAAUACGAAGAAGAAAUCAAGAUUCUUUCCGACAAGCUUAAAGAAGCUGAAACUCGUGCUGAAUUUGCAGAGAGAACAGUUGCCAAACUGGAAAAGUCUAUUGAUGAUCUGGAAGACGAGCUGUACGCUCAGAAGCUGAAGUACAAAGCCAUCAGCGAGGAGCUCGACCAUGCUCUCAAUGACAUGACCUCACUGUGAUCUGCCGUGGGGGGGGCUCAGGGGCUGCUCU